AUGGCCCCCGCCGGGGCAGCCCAACCCAUGAUCCUGUUGGAUCCGUCCCCGGCCCUGAUGAGCCCACCAGCCGGCCCCGUGAACAGCAUCCGUCCGGGAUGCACAUUGACUCGCCACACACUUGCGGGCGGGCCGCCCUCGCACGGCUGUGGGGAUGCCAUGAGACCCCAAAACCAACAUGCCUCCAGGCCGACCUCCCAUGCUCCCUACAGACGCCUCACCAGCGCCCGACCCAAGUGCUCAUUGCAAUCUGCAUGGCAUCAACACAACCGAUGUCCCCUGCGUCCCGCCUACCUCACAACCGGACUGUUGUCAUUCAGCGCAGUAGGAAUUCUCCAAAACCUCAAGUCUUGCAAGACUGCCUCAAAUAACCCGUUUAGUAGACAACGAAAUAUACCACGAUUGGCGCAAUUCAUCUUGGCUUUCAAUCGUUGGUCUUCUUCAACGGGUGGUUAUCCUUCCGCUCAGCCUGCUUCUUUUCAACGUCAAGGUGUUAACAAAGGAAAGAAGCGAGAAUCAGUAUUGGAGGAAUCUUCCAAUCAUUCACCAAAGCGUGCAUUGAACAAUCAUCAAUCUAAUUCGCCAAUGGCUUCCACUAGUCAAGGCAGAGUCAAUACUGUUGAGAUGGAACGGAUGACUUUGGGGGAGUUAUUUGUUGAGCGCCAACUUGCAGAGGCUCAGUUUGAUGAAUGCCCACAAAAUCAAAGCUUCAAGCAUAAUAUCAAGCCCUCUGGAAGACAUUACCCUCAAGGACCAAGACAACCCCCCUCUGGACUAUUCAGCCAACCUGCAACACCAUGGAUGUCACAAGACCAAGCCCCCAGGACAGAAGACAUUCUGGAUUCCCAUUUCAUUUCAUUAUUUCAUAAUCAUCUCAUGCAGUCUGACAUCAUCAACCCCCUUUCAGCCUUCCACACUUGGCCUCUGCAUGUGUUUCACUCUAUUUAA